CCAAAUCUGUUUCUUCCAUCUUCGCCACUCAUCCAUCAUCUCUAGCAAGCUAGCUAGUAACUAGUAAACAGAGUCCUUAGGGUUGAGCUCCCACAGAUCCAGAAUCAUGGCGGCUUCCCACAACGGCAUUUUAUCAAACAGAUGGUCUCUCGCCGGAUCCACGGCUCUCGUCACCGGCGGCACCAAAGGAAUCGGAUUCUCCAUCGUCGAAGAGCUGGCCGGACUGGGAGCCGCAGUCCACACCUGCUCCAGAAACGAAGCCGAGCUCAACAAGUGCCUGCAGGACUGGGAGAAGAAGGGCUUCAAGAUCACCGGCACCGUCUGCGACGUGUCCUCGCCGGCUGACCGGGAGCGCCUGCUACAGGAUGUCAAGGCCGUCUUCGACGGAAAGCUAAACAUCCUCGUGAACAAUGCGGGAACAGGGUACCCGAAGCCGGCGACGCUGUGCACGGCGGACGACUUCAAAUUCAUCAUGACGACCAACGUCGAAGCGGCUUUCCACGUCUGCCAGUUGGCUCACCCUCUGCUCAAGGCUUCCGGGAGAGGCAGCAUCGUCUUCAACUCCUCCAUCUCCGGCAUCGUCGCUCUCGAGUACCUCUCCAUCUACGGCAUCACCAAAGGUGCGCUGAAUCAGCUUGCGAGGAGCUUUGCUUGCGAGUGGGCCAAGGACAACAUUCGCGUGAACAGCGUCGCCCCCGGCGCCGUGGAGACACCGCUGAUGAAGCCGGCGUUCGACAACAAGGAGUUCGUGGAGAGGGAGGCAGCGCACGUGCCGCUGGGGAGGCUGGGAGUGCCGGAGGACGUGGCUCCGGUGGUGGCGUUCCUUUGCUUGCCGGCGGCGUCCUACGUCACCGGACAAGUCAUUGUGAUCGACGGAGGACGCGUUGUGAAUGGCUACUACUGAGCACGGCUGCCGUUCAAGAGUUUGUUUGUUAUGAUGCAAUGGGCGUUUGGCAAUUUCCUUAUAUUUUCAGUCCUAAGAGUUGUGUUUUUAUUGACCAAUUUAAACAUCUCUUAGUUAAAUAA